GGAUUUUCAUAUCGGACUCGGUAGCUGCUUACAUUUCUCUGAAUAGGAACUACACUGCAGGUGGAGGGAUGAGUCUCUCCCCUGUGAUUGGCACAGAAGUGCCAGAAACGGCUAACGGAGUUGUGACACCCGUCCCUUCAGAGAACGGCCCUCAUGUUCCGGUCCCAGUGAAAUGUGGGGGAAGCAGAGUGCCCUGUCCUGAGGAGGAGUCUGAAGACAGAGCCCUUGGACACGCAGAGAACCACGUAGAUGUGGAAAACAGAGUUUACGAUGGCGAAGGCCGCUUGGAGACAGAGACCUACAAUAAUGAGAGAACAUCUAGUUUAUCAUCACACACCUCUCAUGUGACAGACCCCUCCCUCCCUGCUGCUACAUGCACAGGAGACUCAGAAUCAGGCUCUAAAGACACAGACAUUCCCGAGGCCUCUGACACCGUCGAGCCUCCCGGUGCAGCUCUGCUGUGGGGCUCUGCACAGCAAGCACACUCCAAAGACUCAUCUCAGCGAGGAGGCUCUCCCACCUCGUACAGACAGCAGACGGAGGCAGAGGCUGUAGAUGGAGGCACUGAUAGCCAAGAGGAAGAGGAGGACGAGGAAGAUGGAGAGAAAGAAAAACAGGACGAGGAGGACGAUGAGAAGAAUGAAAAAAAGUGGAUUCAUCAGCGUGCAGGAGGAAGAAAAGAGGUAGAGUCUUCGCGACACUACUCCUCAUCAGCCCCCGGUCCCAGCACCACGUCCUCUUCCUCGCCUCCACCUCCUCUUCUGCCCUCUGAUGACGUCCCCUGCCCUCCCCACGUCAUGGCCCAGGUCUGGGUUCGCAACGUCCGGGGGAUGCAGGACAGCAAGAGCCUGGAUGAAAUCAGCCAAGCAUGUGGAGGUGGUUCGGGGGCCCGGGGAGGAGGCAGAGGUGGCCAGUCAGAGGGCCGACGGGCCACAAUCUCCUCAGCUCUGGAGCUCGAAGGGACGGUCAGCCAUGAAGGAGACCUGACUCACUUCAUCACCAAGAACCUGGAGCAGAAAAUCAAGAUGAGCUCUAAGCCUAGUCUGGACUGCAGUGACUCGGACUGUUCAGGUCCCAUCUACCGAAGCAGGGGGUUGUCACGGAGACCGGCAGAUAUCCCUCCCAUUGAUCCCGCUGUCCUGUUGGAUCUUCAGAAACACACCCAGGAAGUGGCACACAGUGUGGAGAUGAUGAUGCGGAGCCUCAAUGGAACCAUCCAGAAUAUGACAGCUCUGAGUGUGGGCUACAUCCAGACCUACAGAGACUCAGUUGACAGCCUAGGGGAGUCUGUGGACAUGAGUAUAAAGGGCAUGUACACGCUGAUGGCUCGCUGCGAGGAGCUGGAUCGUUCCAUGCAGCCCAUACACACCCUGGCUGCACAGAUACGUGACAUCAAACGCACCCUGGAUGCCCUGGAGGCGAUCUGCAAGUAACGCCACCUGUCCGGUACGAAUACACAUCUCAGCUGCAAAGAUCCAACAUCAAGCACAUCCUGAUCAAGGCUGUCUGCUAGUAAACCCACCUGUCUGCAGGUAGCACACACACACUGCAGCGAAGAUUAAGUGCACCUGUGGAUUCCUGGAACCAUUGCUACUAGGCAUGCUGGAUGAUUGGCGCUCAUAGUCCCUCUGCUUGUUCAUCCCUUGAAGAUGACCACGUUUGUGUUGUGAGAUUUCAGUUGAAUUGGGCUUAAUUUGCUCUCGGGGCUGAGCUUUCUCUUCCUUUGUUUUUUUUUUUUGUUUUU